CGACGGGCGCCGCGGCGCGGCAGCGGGCACGCGCAGGCGAGAAAAUGUCUCCGACGCCGCCACUCUUCAGUUUGCCCGAAGCGCGGACGCGGUUUACGAAAUCUACCAGAGAUGCCCUGAACAACAAAAAUAUCAAACCAUUGUUGAAUACCUUCAGCCAGUUACCUGGCAGUGAAAAUGAAAAAAAAUGUACCCUUGACCAAGCUUUUAGAGGUGUUCUAGAAGAAGAAAUUAUAAAUCAUUCAUCAUGUGAAAACGUUUUAGCUAUUAUUUCUCUUGCUAUUGGGGGAGUAACUGAAGGUAUCUGUACCGCAUCCACACCUUUUGUACUGUUGGGAGAUGUUUUGGAUUGUCUUCCCUUGGAUCAGUGUGACACAAUAUUCACUUUUGUGGAAAAAAAUGUUGCCACUUGGAAAUCAAAUACAUUCUAUUCUGCUGGGAAAAAUUAUUUACUACGUAUGUGCAAUGAUCUCCUACGAAGAUUAUCAAAAUCGCAGAACACAGUCUUCUGUGGACGAAUUCAGCUCUUUUUGGCCAGGCUUUUCCCUUUAUCUGAGAAGUCAGGCCUUAACUUGCAGAGUCAAUUUAAUCUGGAAAAUGUCACUGUUUUCAAUACCAAUGAACAGGAAAGUACACUGGGUCAGAAGCACACUGAGGACAGAGAAGAAGGAAUGGAUGUAGAAGAAGGUGAAAUGGGAGAUGAUGAAGCUCCAACAACUUGCUCCAUUCCAAUUGAUUACAACCUGUACCGGAAAUUCUGGUCACUUCAGGAUUACUUUAGGAACCCUGUGCAAUGCUAUGAGAAGAUUUCAUGGAAAACUUUUCUCAAGUAUUCUGAAGAAGUUCUAGCUGUUUUUAAGAGUUAUAAAUUAGAUGAUACUCAGGCCUCGAGGAAAAAGAUGGAAGAAUUGAAAACAGGAGGAGAGCAUGUGUAUUUUGCAAAAUUUUUAACAAGUGAAAAGUUGAUGGAUUUACAACUGAGCGACAGUAAUUUCCGUCGGCAUAUCCUGUUGCAGUAUCUCAUUUUAUUCCAGUAUCUCAAGGGGCAGGUCAAAUUCAAAAGUUCAAACUAUGUUUUAACUGAUGAGCAAUCACUCUGGAUUGAAGAUACUACAAAAUCAGUUUAUCAACUACUAUCUGAAAACCCCCCCGAUGGAGAAAGAUUUUCAAAGAUGGUAGAGCAUAUAUUAAACACUGAAGAAAACUGGAACUCAUGGAAAAAUGAAGGCUGCCCGAGUUUUGUGAAAGAAAGAACAUCGGACACCAAGCCAGCAAGAGUGGUACGGAAGAGAGCAGCGCCAGAGGACUUUCUGGGGAAAGGGCCCAGCAAGAAAAUUCUGAUGGGAAAUGAGGAGUUAACAAGGCUCUGGAAUCUCUGUCCUGAUAAUAUGGAAGCCUGUAAAUCAGAGACAAGGGAAUACAUGCCAACGUUAGAGGAAUUCUUUGAAGAAGCCAUUGAACAGGCAGACCCUGAAAACAUGGUUGAAAAUGAAUACAAGGCUGUGAACAAUUCAAACUAUGGUUGGAGGGCCCUGCGACUGUUAGCUCGGAGAAGCCCUCACUUCUUCCAGCCAACCAACCAGCAGUUUAAAAGUUUGCCAGAGUAUCUCGAAAACAUGGUAAUAAAGCUAGCCAAGGAAUUACCACCUCCUUCUGAAGAAAUAAAAACAGGUGAGGAUGAAGAUGAGGAAGAUAAUGAUGCUUUACUGAAAGAAAAUGAAAGUCCCGAUGUUCGGAGAGACAAACCUGUAACGGGGGAUCAAAUAGAGGUAUUUGCCAGCAAACUGGGUGAACAAUGGAAGAUUCUGGCUCCCUACUUAGAAAUGAAAGACUCAGAAAUUAGACAGAUUGAGUGUGACAGUGAAGACGUGAAGAUGAGGGCAAAGCAGCUGCUGGUGGCCUGGCAGGACCAGGAGGGGGCGCACGCAACGGCCGAGAACCUGAUCAACGCGCUCAACAAGUCUGGGCUAAGUGACCUUGCAGAAAGUCUAACUAAUGACAACGAGACCAAUAGUUAGCUUAUUUUUUUUAUUAUUAAAACUGUGAUAAGAUUUUGUUACCAAGCAGCAUUUGAUAAGAGGUCCACUGGUUUUGGUAAACAAUAAACAUUUUUAUAAUAGUUGUUGCACAGUUGGCUGGUGCUCCCAAGAACAGCAGAAUGCGUACUGGCUCUUGAUGACUGACCUCAGGGUUUGAGGGUAGGAGAGAGUAGGCUGGGAAAAUGGCCAAAACAAAGUGACCUCAAGGUCACAUAUUUUUUGUUAAGUAAGUUAAAUGUAUUUGUAAUGAAGUCAGUAGGCGAUAUUUAGGGGCAUGGUGUUUCCUAAAAUACACUUUGCCAGACCAGUUCCUGCACACGUGAGUAGUUAGUUAGAAAACUUAAACUUGCUAUCCUGAAAAUCCCACAAGCCUUUAUGAAACUGUAUGACUGCUCUAGUCUCGUUUACACUUUUAAAACAGGGGAUCAAAGAGUGGUGCGUUUGCCACCUAUUUUUAUAAGUAAAAUUUGAACGGCACAAAGCCAUGCUCUU